AUGAAGCGCGACUGGAUGUCUACUGGACGUCGACCAACGGGUCUUUGUGGUGCAGCCCUGCUGCUUGCGGCAAGAUCAUUCAAUUUCAACCGAACUAUUGGCGAUGUGGUGAAAGUAGUGCAUAUUAGUGAAACCGUAGUGAGGAAAAGGUUGGAAGAAUUCAGUCAGACCCCAUCUGGCAUGCUCACUAUUGACGAGUUUUCCACCAUUGACUUGGAGCACUGCGAAGAUCCUCCGGCAUUCCGGGAGGCCAGGAGGAAGGCGCGUGAAGAGCAGUUAGCCAAGGAAGCAGAAAUGGCUGCCAGAAUGGAAAAAGAGGUGAUUUUAUGA